UUCCAGAUGGAGAGGGACUUCUCCCCUUUCCUGCAACAACAGUAACUUCCUCAAAACUCCAGCAUAUAAAAAAGGUCGUCGUCUCGUCGACUAACCAGUUGUAAACCAGCAUCUUUUGUUCUGAACUUCUGGACAUCCAGGGCAUCAUGCAUACAUUUGGUGGAAUUCCUCUUCUCGUGGUGGUGUGGUGUGGACUAGCUCACAGUCUGGACAAUCUCUCACUGGAUGAAGCAUGGGAGAGCUGGAAAAUCACCCAUAGGAGGGAGUACAAUGGCCUGGAUGAAGAGUCUAUUCGACGGACGAUUUGGGAGAAGAACAUGCUGUUUAUUGAGGCCCAUAACAAAGAGUAUGAACUGGGGAUUCAUACUUAUAAUCUGGGCAUGAACCAUUUUGGAGAUAUGACAUUAGAAGAAGUGGCAGAGAAGGUGAUGGGACUCCAAAUGCCCAUGUACCGCGACUCAUCAAACACAUUCGUGCCUGGUGACACAAUGGAGAAGUUGCCCAAAUCAAUUGACUACCGUAAACUGGGAUACGUCACUUCUGUCAAGAACCAAGGUUCGUGCGGCUCAUGCUGGGCCUUUAGCUCUGUUGGGGCCUUGGAAGGUCAGCUGAUGAAGACCAAAGGUCAACUGGUAGACCUCAGUCCUCAGAACCUGGUGGACUGUGUGACUGAAAAUGACGGCUGUGGUGGAGGAUACAUGACAAAUGCUUUCCAAUACGUCGCAAAGAACCAAGGCAUUGAUUCAGAAGAGGGCUACCCCUAUGUUGGAACGGAUCAGAAUUGUGCCUACAACAGUUCAGCGAGAGCAGCCAGUUGUAAAGGGUAUAAAGAGAUUCCUCAGGGUAAUGAGAGGGUACUGACUACCGCGGUGGCAAAGGUGGGACCUGUGUCAGUGGGUAUAGAUGCCAUGCAGUCCACCUUCCUGUACUACAAAAGCGGUGUGUACUAUGAUCCCAACUGCAACAAGGAUGAUGUCAACCAUGCAGUGCUAGCUGUUGGUUACGGAGUCACACCGAAAGGCAAAAAGUACUGGAUUGUGAAGAACAGUUGGGGUGAAGACUGGGGAAAGAAGGGGUAUGUCCUGAUGGCUCGUAACCGUAACAAUGCAUGUGGUAUUGCCAGCCUGGCCAGUUACCCAAUCAUGUGAGAGCUGGAAGCAUGGAGCUCAAAAGGGACCAAACCAAACUUGUCUGAUGCUGACCAAUAACAAAAGGGACUCAUUAUCACUAUCAAUGACCUCUCAGACACUCUCUAAAAGAAGCAAUUCAUUUAAAAUCACAAGGUUGUGUUUUUUUUUCUCUUGUGUGUUAGAUGUCUUGUUUUUAAUCCCAUGCAGUUGAAACUGUUUUGUGCAAUAUUUAAAAUUCAAAAGGGAAGUUUUGAUAUUGUGUAUAUACAGUCCACUAAGUUUUUUUUUUUCUUACUCCCCUGGUGGGAUCUGAGAUCUCUGUUUUAUAUUUUGAUUAUAUAAAUUACCAAGGGCUUUUUAUUACCAUAUUAAAUAAAACCGUUAAUUUUGAGUAUCAUA